AUGGCGGCAUACUCGGCAAGCUUUGGACAAAAAUUGCAAGCCCAGCACUCGUCUCUACUUCGACGACACUCGCACCGCAUCUUCCACGCUAAGAUACAAUCUCAACACCAACACUCGGUCCGGCUUCGAAACCGGUUUGUCACGGAGGCCAUUGAGAUGGUCUGCUCUUGCGAAGAAAAACCAGUCAAGCCUGAUGAAGAGAUUACCAACGGCACGAAAUCGCGGGAGGGGCAACUCAAUGAGAUGAUUGCCAAGCAGAACGAACUCCUUGAGGUUAUUACCGACUGGUUGAAGCAAUUGCAAAUAAGUGAGAAAUCGCAGCCAGCAAAUCGGCCGUACUCAAUGAGCUCCAGCUGCUGCGUCGAACACUACCGCGCACGUCAUUGCAUACAAAUGCAGCAGCAUCUUAAUGGGACAUAG